AUGGAAUCUAACAAUCUACCUGACAUUGUUCGUCAGUUAUCUGAGACCGAAUUGCAACAACUACUUAUCUAUAUUUUAAAUCGAUUACCUUUCCCUCUCACAAAUGACAGUAUACAGCUUGCAUUGCGCGGUCUUUUGGCGCGUGCGUCAGACAAAGAAUUAUCAAAGAUUCUACCCAACGCUCCAUCAAGUAUAUCGAAGACAAACGCGAAACCGAGCACAACCUCCGAGCAACCAAAGGACAUCAGAAUCAAAUCUGCAGUUAGCGUUCUUAGAAAUGUCACAGCAAUUGAUACUUUCGAUAAAUAUGAAGAUCCCGGGUCAUUCUGGGUGAGGGAAGUUACCAUCCUAGACAAUUUCUCACCUACAGACGAACCGAUUGUAAGAUAUGAACGACUUCGCAAGGCAAAAUCAAAAGCAAAGGAAGAGGGUAUCAUUGUUGAACAACUUCUAUUUCUGUUGCAGAUCCACGAGCGCGACAAUGUGCUGGAAUUGUACAAAGCACGAAAUAACGAAGCGACAACUUUCGGCGGUCGAAAAGAGAGCAAUGCCUACCUGGCGGAUACGCACGAUCUUGACACCGACCAAGUGAGAAAACUUGUGAAAGGGUGGAACAAGCUUAUAUCUCUGAUGCAGAGACAUGGUCCAGGCGUAGCCCUUAGACUCGGUGGGGGUAUUUCUACCUGGGUGAAUAUGACAAGCAAAGAAUGUACAGCCAUGGAGAUCUAUUUGAAGAGAUAUAGGCCGGAAGUUCUUCAAUCGAGAUCUCUCGACCUAAAAGCGGCAGGAUUUUUACGGUCCGGUCUAUCACGUGCAGGAAUGGUCGACGAUGUUGAUGGUUUGCGACGAACAAAGCUGGGGUCUAUCAUACUACAAUAUACCGAAAUGGAAGACGAUCGACAGAACACCCGUGUCGACGAGGAUACGGAAGAUGAGGAAGCUGUCGAGGAGGACGCUCAACAUGAUGAAGCCGUGGACGAGGAUCCUGAAUAUAGUGAAGCUGUGAGCAAGAUAUUCUCUAUUUUGCGGUCAAAGCAGUUAUCAAGCGAGGCUCAAUUCUCUUCAACGGAGGAGCAACCAGAUGGAGAGUGUAGUAUACCUCAGACGAAUACUCCUGGCCAAAAUCAAUCCACUCGGACGCACAAGAGGUCUCAUGAAAAUAGUCAGAACGCGCCUGGGUCAAAAAGACGACGUGUUGGUGUGUGCAGAACUGGAACCGGGGCCGCCGCAAUAACAACUUGCGGUGCAAACAAAGACGGGGAAGAUGAAGAAGAAGAUGAUUCCAAUUUCAAUCCACCACAAUCUUCGCGUGAAUCUAUUUCUGCCGAUGAUCGAUCCGCCAGAGCCUCCAUCAUACCCGAGGUGAUAACACACGAUAGUGAUGCCGCACAUACAGAAUACGUUACAGCCUUAUCUCCAUCAAGAAGUCAACAGCCUGUAUCCAGCCUAUCCAUACUCGAAUCGAGGGGACGCAACAGGCUGAGACAAACCGAACCUGUCUGCGCUCAAAGUUGUACACAACUUGAUAACAUCGAUGACGAAUUAUUCUGUGAUGUGGGAGGAUAUGACGACACUGUUGAAGUUUCUCUAUCCAACUCUUCUGAGGCCACACAUAGAGUGAAUGAUGGUACCACACACGUUGCACAGAUCCUAGCGCACAUGAGUGAUGAUUGCAAUAGCGCACUGCGGACAAUCACCUCAGAAGAAAGUGUUGCGUAUCUGAACGAUGAAUUUUCAAAUGCGGAUUCACAUACUACGGACUCAAGCAAAACCUUACGUGAUCAACGACCAAUGUCCAUUGUAUCUGACACUCCGGUGGAGACGACAAGAUCGAGUAUGAAUACCGGUCAUGCACAACCCCUACAUUCCCUCUCACAAGAAGACACAUAUGUGCCCUUGGUUGCAGCUGGUUGCGCCUCUGAAAUAGGAGUUUCUUCAGACGACUUGCUGGAGGCUAACACUGAUACCGUAAUUGAUACCACCCAACAAUCGACAUCUGUCCAAACCCACCUCGGCGCAUUCGAGAGCGACCAGGAAUGUCAUCCAGAUUACAACACGCAUUUCAAAUUUGACACAUUCAACUUCCUAGACCACGACUAUACGCAAUUUAAUCUUGACACCUUCAACUUCUUGGACCACGACUACACGCAAUUCAAUCUUGAUACCUUCAAUUUCCAAGAUGAUGACAGCACGCAAAUGCAAACUCCUAUCGCUUCUUACCUGUAA